AUGUCACAAUUAAUGUCACAACGCGCUAACAUUAAAUUUUGUUUUAAACUUGGAAAAACUGCCGCAGAAACGCUCGAAUGCUUGAAAACAGUUUAUGGUGAUGAAGCGUUAAAGAAAACAGCCAUUUAUGAUUGGUUUAAACGGUUCAAAAAUGGCCAAGAGUCACUUGAAGACGAAGAGCGGAGUGGCCGGCCGUCAACAUCAAAAAACGAUGAAACAAUCGAAAAAGUUAAAAAUUUGGUGCAAUCAGAUCGUCGUUUACACAUUCAAGAUAUGGUAAAUGUAUUAGGAAUAUCGUAUGGUUCAGUUCAAAACAUUUUAAAAGAUGAUUUAGGAAUGCGGCGCGUUGUUCAAAUUGCUACAUUUUGA